CCAAUGGACCCGUUAUCCUUCUCCGAUUCCCAGCUCUGCAGAUAAGGCGUUAAAACGGCCAUAAGUACCUUUGUAGAUAGAAUAACGAGGAGGGAGAGUUUGUCAAAGAGAGAAAGAAUGGCUUCUCUGUCAAUGGUUUGUUCAGGAAUAGGAAGGCAUGUGCCAUCAGCCUCACUUUCUCUACUCACUGGUUCUUCAAGAACGGGCUCCGUAUCCUUGAAAAUGGCACCUUGUGCUGCUAAGGCAUCAACUCGUUCUGGGUUGCUUCACUGCUCUUUUGUUCCUUCUUCUGCACUUUCAUCCCUAUCUGCUUCUUCUUCUUUCUCCGGUUCAUCACUUGGAUUUGGUUUCAAUUCCAACAUUGGAGUGAGCACCACAAAAAGGCGUGGGCUGGUGGUGAGGGCAAAGAAGUAUGCUCUUUGUCAAACUAAGAGGAAUAGAUCAAGGAAGUCAUUGGCUCGGACUCAUGGUUUUCGUAAGCGUAUGAGCACCACCAGCGGCAGAGCUGUUAUUAAGCGAAGACGUGCAAAGGGCCGAUGGGAACUCGCCCCAAAGUCUUCACCUAGAACUGGCAAACGAGCUUGAUAUUUACUGUUUUCACAUAAGUGAUUUUUGCUGGUAAUAUGUAAUCUCUUUCAGAAAUUUGCUUGCGACAGGUUUAGCUGUAAUUUUCAUUUGUAUUAUUCAAAGAACUAGCUAAUUUGCAUUUUUUCUAUUAUCCACUACUCAUUGAUCCUUUUA